AUGGAAGAACUACCGUUUGAUGUAGAAAUCGAGAUCUUGCUGAGACUUCCAGUGCAACCUCUGCGUCGAUUAGAAUUGGUUUCAAAACAAUGGAGAAGUUUGAUAAGAUCUCGAGAUUUCAUGGAGCGGUACUUGGUUCAUCAGAAAUCCAAACACCGUUUCACGAUCCUUGCUAGUGUCAAAGUCAUGGACCCGCUCGCUCAUGAAGUUUCCCGGGAACCUCGAUUGUUCCGUUACUUCCAUUCAUCAAACGGUGUUCCCGGAUUUUCCUAUGUGCUGCUUCAAAAUAACGAACAUGUUCCUUGUCUCUCAUGCGACGGUUUCAUCUGCUGUCCGAGACCUGGGAAUCAUCAGUUUUCCAACCUGCCGUUUAGCAGCUUGUUAGGAUUUGGGAGAGACAGAGUGAGCGGAGAUUAUAAACUUGUUAGGUUAUUUGAACCGCAUGGGGAGUGUACGUUAUGCACAGAAUGCGAGCUUUUUUCGAUUAAGGCAAGGAAAUGGAUAUACAUAAGCCAUGUUCCUAUACCUUGCUUUAAUGGGCAACCUUCAGCGAGCGUUAACGGAUCCAUCUAUUGGUUCACUGCUUAUCUAUGGUUGAGGGAAGCCGAGUAUUCAACAACGGCCAAGAUCAUAGCAUUUGAUCUUCACACACACAGAUUCCGUGCAGUCCAUCACCCUCCUUUCGGUGCUAGUACAAACCCUCCUACCGAAUUCAUCUCGUGA